AUGAGUCUUAAGCUCGUAUUUCGUGGCACCUUCUACCCCCCUACGGAUGUGAUUGCCCUUACCGAUAUCAUCUAUAGUUCAGCGUUAUGCGAUGCCCAAAAUUCAAGGGAUCGCAAAAAAAGAUUGACGCCACAUUUGAUCGGCAUUCGUGACUGGGACAGGUACCGCCAGUCUGGCACGUACAAGGGGGAAACCAUGAUCAUAGUAUCGGAGGACAUCGAUAGCAAUGAGACAAUGAAAACCAUCGAAAUAGAUGGAACAAGCACAUCAACGAUGGCAAAUACAAGGAAAACCAUUGAGGAAACUGAUGAAACCUUAUCAUCUUCUACAAUUAUGCCAAGCACGAACGUAACAGAAGCCAAUCUAACGUCUGCGAAAAAUUCACAAGAAAAAGAGUUUUUGACUGUAGCAUCGACUACUUCAGCCACUGAUGUAGUCGCCAACUUCAUGAAUCUUUUGAAGCAGGCAGCACCUGUUUUGCCGUACAUUCCCGUAUUAAUGAAAACAUUGCAGUCUGUAGAUCUCCAUAACCCAAGCGAAACAGAUUUUGGUACAGGUCAGCCUCUGCAACUGCCUGUUUUCGAUGGAUUAGCUGCAACGCAAGAA